AUGGCUUCCAAAUGCCUCAAGGCCGGCUUCUCUUCUGGGUCUCUCAAGGGCCUGGGUGCGGGUGGAGCUUCCACUCGCGUGCCCACCGUGUACUCCAGCAGCUCUUGCAAGCUCCCGAGUCUCUCUCGGGGGUCCCGGAGUUUCUCUGCGAGCUCGGCUGGGGUGGGCAGAAGCAGCUACCGGGCGGCCAGCUGCCUCCCUGCCACAGGGGCUUUUGUUGCCGGCUACAGUGGGGGCGGGGGCUGGUUUGGGGAAGGCAUCCUUUCCGGCAGCGAGAAGGAGACCAUGCAGUUCCUGAACGACCGCCUGGCCAGCUACCUGGAGAAGGUGCGGCAGCUGGAGCGGGAGAACGCGGAGCUGGAGGGCCGCAUCCGGGAGUGGUGUGAACGGCAGGUGCCCUACAUGUGCCCCAACUACCAGUCCUACUUUCAGACCAUUGAGGAGCUCCAGAAGAAGACCCUGUGCAGCAAGGCAGAGAAUGCCAGGCUUGUGGUGCAGAUCGACAAUGCCAAGCUGGCCGCAGAUGACUUCAGGACCAAGUAUGAGAUGGAGCUGUCCCUGCGGCAGCUGGUGGAGUCGGACAUCAACGGUCUGCGCAGGAUCCUGGAUGACCUGACCUUGUGCAAGUCUGACCUGGAGGCCCAGGUGGAGUCCCUGAAGGAGGAGCUGAUGUGCCUCAAGAAAAACCAUGAGGAGGAAGUGAACUCACUGCGCAGCCAGCUUGGUGACCGGCUCAAUGUGGAGGUGGAUGCUGCCCCACCUGUUGACCUGAACAGGGUCCUGGAUGAGAUGAGGUGUCAGUAUGAGACCCUGGUGGAGAACAACCGCCGGGAUGCUGAAGACUGGUUUGACACCCAGACGGAGGAGCUGAACCAGCAGGUGGUGUCCAGCUCGGAGCAGCUACAGAAUUGCCAGGCAGAGAUCAAUGAGCUGAGACGCACGGUCAGCGCCCUGGAGAUCGAGCUGCAGGCUCAGCAUAGCAUGAGAGAUGCUUUGGAAUCCACCCUGGUGGAGACAGAGGCCCGCUACAGUGCCCAGCUGGCCCAGGUGCAGUGCAUGGUGACCAACGUGGAGGCCCAGCUGGCGGAGAUCCGCUGUGAGCUGGAGCGGCAGAACCAGGAGUACCAGGUGCUGCUGGACGUGCGGGCCCGGCUGGAGGGCGAGAUCGAGACGUACCGGGGCCUGCUGGAGACCGAGGACUGCAAGCUUCCCUGCAACCCAUGUGCCCCUGAGAGCUCGCCCUCCAAGUCGUGCCUCCCCUGUCUUCCUGUGGCCUCCUGUGGUCCCAGUGCAGUCCGCGCAACCUGCAGCCCCCGCCCUAUUUGUGUGCCCUGCCCAGGGGGCCGGUUCUGA